AUGUACUUGGAAUAUCUUCAACCGAAGCUGAACCUAAUGGAUGAGUCAAGCACUAUAAAUAAAAAUUUCCCUGAUUAUCCGCCAAAUUUGAACACGCCUAUUACUGCAAAUCUUAAUGAAGAAACGGGUUCUGAGUGCUCUAUAAUUACUCCAAGGAUAAAUUCUGGUUCGAAUUCGAAUUCGCAUUCGAAUUCCAACUCAGGUUCAAUUGAUGAAAAUGAUCUGAAUCACUCUAAUUCAUCUUCUUCGUCUGCAAGGCAGAUCAGGAAAAAAUGGAAAGAACCUGAAGAUAUAGCCUUCAUUACUACUAUAAUGAACAAUUCUCAACUACUAACGUUUGUAGAAUAUUUCAAGCCUAUGAAGAACUUUUGGAAGAAAAUUUCUAAAAUCUUACUUCAACAAUAUGGAUACGAGAGGAACUCUCGUCAAUGCCAUGAUAGAUUCAAAGUAUUAUACACAAAAUCUUUAAAAGUUCAUCCGUCAAAGAAAGUAAAACAAAAGAAAAAAAAGUCAAAACAAGAAGCAAACUCGAAUUUAGAUUUUGAUCCGUCGAAAUUAUCAAGAAUGCAGUAUUUGCUGGUUCAGCUACAAAAUACAUUUAGUUUUGUAAAUGGAAAUAUUAUACUCAAAUCACAGAAAACACUGAAGCCGAACAAAAACGGCAGUAAUCAUAAUAUUAAUAAUAACAGUAACGAUGGCAAUAUUGGUAACCAUAAUAGUAACGAAAAUAAUAACAAUAUUAGCAAUCAAAAUAGUAACCAUAGUACUAAUAUUUUCAGUACCCCAGAACAUAUUCAAUCCAGCAUCGAUCUCGACAAAUUGGAUUCUAUCCCAGCUUUGGAUACCAAAGUGGAACCGUCUUUCAUAAGUCCCGCCCAGUUUUCUCUUCUUUCUUCAGCACCAGCUGAUAAUUUAAUCCUGCAAACUCCACCAUCGCCGUUCUUUCAGCAAACGAUGCCUCUACAACUACCGCGGGACAUGCAACAACAAGAACAAAUCUCCCCGGUUUUUUCUACAGAUAUAAUCUACAUGUGGCAAACGAUGUUCAGCACCAUUGAAAACUUAAAGGAACAAGUCAAUGGUUUAAAAAAUGAAGUUAAGCAACUAAACCAUAAAUUCUACCAGCAAAAUAAAUCGUUACAUAAUAUGCCAACUUCAGAUCCAGAAAAUUUUAUACAACAACAUUAA